UUCACGUCUGUUUUCCGUCCUACCUCGAGCUGCUGUCACAGUUCGACCGCGUCGGAUCCGGAGUACGCGACAGCUGGCGAAAUGGCCCCGGGCGUCCGCGUGAGCUGGAGCUGAUUCCGCCGGGCGACUGUUUGCGUGCGCCCCCUCCAGAGGAUGAGCAGACAGCCAGCCCAGCACCCGUCGCUCACACCACCGCAGGACACGCUGCACUGCGCGAUGCGGCUCAAGGUCCAGGCAGGAGGCGACGGUCUCCUCUCUCCUCUGCGCUCAAAAUACCUCCUGUCCGGGUUCAGGUUGACACUUCCUCCGAGUACUUUUCACGGAGUGGACUGUUGUUGACUACGGUGCACCCGACGUUUGCCCGCUUUCUAGACGCAACUAGGAAUUGCACCAUGAUCUGAUCUUUAAAACGAAGCGGGCGGUAAUAGGAGUCACCUGGAAGCACAUGAUGGCCAAUAACAACGAGCUGCAAACUGAUCCAGGCGGUCUGUCAGUGCUGCAGCAGCUCGGCUUGGACCAGAACGCUGACCUCUCGGACUCCAGUGUGCAGCAACGCCUGGAUGAGUACCGCGAGAGGAUCCGCAGGGAGAUCCGCAAGGAGCUGAAGAUCAAGGAGGGAGCGGAGAAUCUCCGCAGGGCCACCACUGACAAGAGAAAUGCCCAACAGGUGGACUCGCAGCUCCGCAGUUCCAAACGCAAGCUGGAGUGUCUCCACGCUCAGCUGCAGGAGCUGGAUGCCCACAUUGUGGUCAAGGGCCACAACGAGAAUGAAGAUGCUGCAACAUCUCCAGGCUCAGUUAGUCGACCUUCUGCCAACCAACACCGCAUUGCUGCGUUGGAGCGUCAGCUAAACAUUGAAUUGAAGGUCAAACAGGGAGCAGAAAACAUGAUUCCCAUUUACGCCAAUGGAGCUACCAAGGACAAGAAGCUUCUCCAGACGGCUCAGCAGAUGCUGCAGGACAGCAAGACGAAGAUCGACAUCAUCCGCAUGCAGAUCCGGAAGGCCAUGCAGGCCACAGAGCAGUCUGAGGACAACCAGUGUAAACCUGACGUAUGUGGGGUGGAGCUGCGCGUAGAGGAGCUGUGGCAUCAUUACCGUGUGGAGCACGCCAUGGCGGAGGGAGCGAAGAACAUCCUGCGACUGCUUGGUGCAGGAAAGGUCCAAGACAAAAAGGCCAUGGCAGAGGCACAAUGUGGUCUGAGUGAGUCAUCCCAGCGUCUGGACCUGCUCAGGUGCUCUUUGGAGCAGCGGCUACUGGAGCUCCCAGAGGACCACCCGAAGGCCUGUCUGAUCAAGGAGGAGCUGGCAUUGGCUUCCUCCGCAGCGUUUAGCUCCCGCCACAGCACACCCUAUGUUCACAACCAGUACAGCACCUUGAGUAAACCAUCACCUCUCACAGGAACUCUUCAAGUGCAUCUUCUGGGAUGUGUAGGGCUUGCAGAGGUUGUCCCAGGCAGGAGCAGAGGGACUCCCGUGGUUCUUCCAGCUUACUCUCCAGGAGAUGGACGCUCCUCCUUUAAACUGAGUGGCCUCUAUAGCCGUAGCACCAGUAGCAUGAGCCUCAAGAUCCCUGGCAAGAAUGAUGAGCUGUCUCAGGAAGUAAGUGCAGUUCUGAAGCUAGAGAACACAGUGGUGGGUCAGACCGCUUGGAAAACCUUUGGAGAUCAGACGUGGGACCAAAGCUUCACUGUGGAGCUAGAGAGGUCCAGGGAGUUGGAGAUUGCGGUGUACUGGAGAGAUUACCGCUCCCUGUGCGCUCUGAAGUAUCUCAAGCUGGAGGAGUUUUUGGAUAACCAAACACACAGAGUCAAACUAGAACUUGAACCACAGGGGCUGCUGCUGGCAGAGGUCACCUUUUUCAAUCCAGUAAUAGAGAGAGGACGAAGACUCCAGAGACAAAAGAAUGUCUUUUCUAAACAGCAUGGAAAGGCAUUCCUGCGUGCUCGCCAGAUGAACGUGGACAUCAGUACAUGGGUUCGCCUGCUGCGGAAUGCCAUCCCAAGUGGAAGCAAUCCACCUGCAUACGCACCUGGUUUCUCAAGCAACACACUCACACACAGCCCUGGAGAAAUCUCUGUAGAAAAGCUAACUCUGGACACAGAAUCUCCCCUCAAAACCGAGAUCGGAGACUUUACCACUGUGCAGCAGACGGCGGUCUUCGAGCCCCCUUCCAUGCCGGAUGUUCCUGUUCCUGACCCCCCAACCAGAUCACAGUCCUGGGACUCAUUGCGCAGACCAAGCAGAGGUUUGCCUGUUUGCCUGCAGGAUUUCAAGCUGAUAGCAGUGCUUGGCAGGGGGCACUUCGGCAAGGUGUUGUUGUCGGAAUACAAGCGGACAGGCAGCCUGUACGCCAUCAAAGCCCUGAAGAAGGGAGACAUCGUCACGCGGGAUGAAGUGGAAAGUCUGAUGUGCGAGAAGCGGAUCUUUGAGACCGUCAACAGCUCCCAUCACCCAUUCCUGGUCAACCUGUUUGCGUGUUUUCAGACGCCAGAACAUGUGUGUUUCAUCAUGGAGUACACUGCAGGAGGGGACCUGAUGAUGCACAUACACGCAGACGUCUUUUCAGAGCCACGUGCUGUGUUCUACACCGCUUGUGUGGUCUUGGGUCUGCAGUUCCUUCAUGACCAUAAGAUUGUUUAUCGAGAUCUGAAGCUGGACAACCUGCUGCUUGAUGUAGAUGGUUUUGUAAAAAUAGCAGACUUUGGUCUAUGUAAAGAAGGCAUGGGUUAUGGGGACAGGACCAGCACAUUUUGCGGGACCCCUGAGUUUUUGGCCCCAGAAGUACUGACAGACACCUCAUACACAAGAGCAGUCGACUGGUGGGGCCUGGGGGUGCUCGUCUAUGAAAUGUUGGUCGGAGAGUCUCCGUUUCCAGGUGAUGAUGAAGAGGAGGUUUUUGACAGCAUAGUGAAUGAUGAAGUCCGCUACCCGCGCUUCCUCUCAACCGAGGCCAUUGGAAUUAUGAGACGGAUGCUGAGAAGGAAUCCUGAGAGGCGGCUGGGUUCUGGAGAAAAAGAUGCUGAGGAAGUCAAAAAACAGCCUUUCUUCAGAGAUAUGGAUUGGGAGGCUCUCCUUCAUCGGAAAGUCUCUCCUCCUUUUGUCCCGACCAUCACUGGAAAAGAAGACGUCAGCAACUUUGAUGUGGAGUUUACAGCCGAGGCGGCGACCCUCACGCCGCCCCGCGAGCGACGCACUCUCUCCCGCAAGGAACAGGCCUAUUUUAAGGAUUUUGACUAUGUAUCUGACCUCUGCUAGGGUCUACGGAUUAGUAGAUGACCCCUGCCAGCCUCAGACUCUAAGAGGAGAGAGAUGAGGAUGGGAUAUCUGACUGCAGGAACUCAAUGGGAUGAACAACUGGCUUGGACCAGUGUGUGCGUGAGUGUGAAAGACGGAGGGGGCGGGGGGUGUCAGCUAGAAUGUGAUCGCGUGUCUCACACAGCUGCAGUGUCACUGACCUGCUGACAUUUUAGACAAUCUGGAGGGGCUUUUAGAGGAAAAUGAGAUGAUAACUGAAGAUAAUCCAGAUUAUGUAGCAACUGAGUUGACUGGUCCUCCUGUUUACUGCACUGUGUGGAGUCAAUGACAAAUCGGCAUCAUUGUCAGCGAAAUGCUCAAUGAGCCAAAAAGUAACAAUCGGAAGCUGAUUAUCAUCACGGCAGGUUUUUGUCUCCCGUCUUGUCUUUUUGUCUCUGCUGUGUGCUGCUGCUAUGUGUCGCCGUGACCCAGGCUCAGUCGUUAUGAAUGUACGGUGUCAGCCUCAAUCAUGUGCAACUUCAAAAUGAACACUUGGGGACGGCAAAGAAAAAAUCUGCUUGUUGUUCUUCAAACUCUGUUGCUUUCUGUUGAUUGUGUCAGAGAGACAACGCGUGAUGCUCUUUAAUAAAAGAUGACACGUUUGUAAUGGUAUGAAAUGCUCUCUCGCUCCUAUCCUGCUGUGAAAGAGGUGUUGUCAACAUUGCUUUAGUUUACAUUACUUUAAUCCACUCUUUCACAUAGAAAUGCAUUUGUGUUUGGCUAACAAAGAAUGUCAAACUAAGCCUUUGGGAAAAAAUUAUUCAAUGGGUGUAAAUCGACUCUUCAGCCAACAAAUGCAAUCAUUUUCAAUGAUAAAAGAUAAUUUGGUGAUUUUAUUUUUCGCACUGUUUCCUCUUGUAUAAUUUUCUGGUUAAAUGUGUUUUAGUAAACGUGAACCAAACAUGAAGUUCAAA